UCAUUCCCUUAUUAGAUUUUGUAGUACAAAUCUAUUAAAUGGUUUUUCUAUAAAAUUCAGCAGAUCAAAACGAAAGAAAAUGAUGAAUUUCUUCAUUUUCAAUUGUAUUUUUCGAUAUUUGACUGAUAUUAAACGAACUUCGGACUGUAUAACAAGAAAGAUCACACUUCAAUGUACUCAAAAAUCUUUUUACUUUUGUUUCGUCGCCUAUCGAAUCGUCUUAAACACUCUAAAGUUCACAAAACCAAAUAGCGUAGAGUGUUGAUUAAUCUAUUUCUACGUGUUCAGUAUUCUUGAUUUGAUUUCUCUUCUUAAAUUUCUACAGAAAUAAAUCUAAAUAAGUCUGCAUAGAAAAUUUCACGAUUCAUCUUCUGAAAAAACAAUCAGAUCUAACAGUUAACAAGAAAAAAGUUUUAAUCAAAACUCUGAGACAUUCAUUAUUUAUGGGCUAACUGAUAAUAUAAAAAAGAUUUAAAAAAAAAUUUUUAUUUCAUAGCAUCAACCAAAUUUAGAAGCAUUAACUACUUAUAAUAGUUGGUCAUCUGUAAAUCCUUCAUCAACAAUCAAUUAUUUAUUAAAUUUUCUUUUACCACUCUUAUUAUGGAUGAGUAGUGAACGAAAAGAUGCACCAAAAAUUCAUUCAAGUGAUAUUUCAUUUAUUAUUACAAUACUUCUCAAUUCAGUGAAAUCACCAUUAAAACUUGCAACUACUAUGGGUACACAAAAUAUAUCAUUAGGACAUUUAACUAAUAGUGGAAAGCAAUAUUUAACUUCAGGAGAACCUAUUAUACCUAAUAUUAAUUAUACACACAAAUCAAUGAAACAAUUAAAAUAUCUUUUACAAACAGCAUCCUUAUUAGGUUUAAAAAUAUUAAUCAUUAGUUUUAGUAAACAAACGAGAUAUGAAUGGCAACGAAUAAUACGAGCAAUAAAAUUGAUGUGUAAUAAACAAUCAAAUAUUUCAUCAAGUCUUUUAUUAUUUAUUGAUUUUAUUGUUUCUUAUAAAACACCAAUUUAUGUCAUUAUUCGACCAUUUCUUUUACAUUAUGUAUUAUAA